UGAUGUUCGCCGCCAUUACCAAAUUAAAAUUAUUUUUUUAUCGUUUGUUUUAUAUUGUCGUUGGUAAAACCGAAUUAAAACGUAGGGAUCGGGAUAGCAUGCGGCGCUUCUGCUCAAUUUGUAUCAGUAACCACGGCAGGAGUGAGGAAAAAGGUGUGGCUUUUUCCGGAGGGCGGCUACCUAUCGAAGUCAUUCGUCGUCUUCUCUCCGACUCCUUCCCUGUUCUCCUCCCGGCCCGAACCUCCGACUUUGCCGCAGCCCUCCACCAAUCCGACUCCUUUCCUCCGCUCGGCAGACCUGGUCGGUAGCGGGUUAUCAUCCACCGGCUGAUGGGUCCUCGCCGCCCGCCGCCGCCUGGUGCUGGGCAGGUCAGCCUGGACCACCGGCUUCGUCUGCACCCGGCCCCUGCGCGCGCCGCUACGCGUCUCCGGCAUCCUUUACCGAUUCGACCCCAUCCGGAAAGCCCUAGAAUUUGCGGAUCGAUUCGGACGUUGCUCGCAAAAGAGACAGGGAGCAGACGCCCCGACGGGUAGGAUCGACGGGUCCGAUCUCGUCUUCGAUGCGGAGAGACGCAGGGAGGGGGGCUUCAAUGGAUGGUUUGGCUUCUUGUAGCGACGACAGAGAGAAUCUUUCCCGAAUCUAUUUGACGGUGUUUAGGAUUCUCUCCAAUAACAUCCGAGAAUCUUGACCCGAUUCGAUACGAUACAAUCCGACCCGUUUGACAUGAUGUUGCCAAGGGAGGAAAAUAAAACAGCGGAGUUGGAGAGCAGUCGCGCGUGGAACGAGGAGGAGAACGAUGGUUGUGGUGGAUUGGGACGCGGUGGACAUGGUGUGCUCGCUCGAGUUCUGGAGGAUGGCCGUGUGCUGGACCCUCUCCCUCCUCUACUCCCACCUCUACCUCCUCCUCGCCCCGCGCCUCUCCGCCCUCUUCCCCUCCCUCCUCGGACCGACGCCACCACGCUUCCCUCGCCGCCGCUUUGCACCCGGCCCUUCCUCCCCGAUCCAGAGACCCCUCGGCGUCAUCACCGGCGCGAGUUCCGGCUUGGGCGCGGCCGCCGCAAGAGCCCUGGCAGCGGAAGGCUACCAUGUUAUUCUUGCUGGGCGUAAUCCUCAGACACUAACUAAGACUAUUCAAGAGAUCAAGAAACACGACCAGAAUGCCUGUGUGGAAUCAUUUCAGGUUGACAUAUCAUCCAUUUAUUCAAUUAUGAAGUUUGAGAGUUCAAUAAAACAGUGGCUGGAGGAGUCUAAUCUGCAUCCCUCAAUUCAACUUCUUAUAAAUAAUGCUGGAAUUUUGGCAAAAUCUUCCAGAGUUACCGCCGAUGGAUUUGACCAGAUGAUGGAAACAAACUACCUUGGUGCAUUCUUUCUGACCAAUAUUAUGUUGCCACUGCUCAAGAAUAGCCCUGUACCUUCCAGGAUAGUUAACGUGACAUCUUUUACUCAUAGAAGUGUAUCCCAUGUUGACGUCAAUAUGGGAAACCUGGCCAGAGAAAAUCUCCAUUGCUUGUCUACUUUGGGCAAGUAUCAGUUUGCCCAAACCUAUGAGUACUCUAAAUUUUGUACUCUGCUAUUCUCAUAUGAGCUUCAUCGCCAACUUUAUGUGAUGGAUCCAGCUUCAAAUGUCUCUAUCAUGGCCGCUGAUCCUGGAGCAGUGGCAACGAACAUAAUGAGGGAACUUCCUCCAUCCCUAAAAAGGCUGGCCUUUUUGGUUCUAGGAUUCCUGCAGCUUCUGCAGUCUCCUGAAAUUGGGGUUGACUCUAUCAUGGACGCAGCAUUGGCACCGCCUAUGCCACUGAAGCUGCAUAUGCCUGUGGAGAUGGCAGCACAGCAAUACAGUGGGAGUGUAAAAGCUAUUUAUUCUGGAGCAAAGAUCAGCCUGAGUUACUUGUGUUUUCAUGAGAGAGUGCUUUCAACCACAGACACUUUUUCUCUAUAGCUUGCCUGCCUUGAUUUCUUCAGUUAUCUUGUUUGUACUUUGAGAAAUGCCACUUUGUUUCACCUCAACAAUUACCAUGUGAAUUGAGCCUGCUUCAUUCAAGAAAAUUUGAACUCACUAGUGUGCUCCCGUUUUAGUUAACAGUGAAUAACUCUUGAAAGAUGUUCAAAUUCUACUUAUAUGUGAAGAAUCAGCUGUUAUGAGUUUUUGCUGGCU